UUGAUGCUUGACACUGGACAGCUAGGAGUCAUGACUGCCACACGGACAAUCCUGUUCUUGCUCGUGGCAGUGAUGUCAGAUCUCACAGACAGCUUCAACCCAACCUUUUCAUCUGCUGGGAACUCCAGCACCCACUGUGACAUUACACAGAGGGCGAUCCUCCGGAAGACGGCUGAGGUCUGCAGAGACAUAGCUGCUUCUGAGGGACGGGACUUCACUCUGAUGAUUAACGAGAGUUUGUCAGCUGCUAAAGUGCAAAGGGCCUGUUUUUCUCCAGGCACGGCCACAUCUCUCGUUUCCACGCACAGGUUCCAAAUCUCCAUUUGCAGUAUGUGUCUGAGCAAUGCAAAUGUGAAUGUUAUGUUUGAACAAAGUGAGGAACACCACUUUAAUAGUGAAACCUUCCAAGCAGGACGGGAUAUCAUCACAGCAGGUGUGCUUGCUGUGAAGGCCGCUGUGAGAAGGGAAGACUUUGUCAACGGGAGGUUGACUCUAGGAAGGAUCUGUCACACCCUGCAGGACUUUUACAGCCACAGUAACUGGGUGGAGCUCACAAACAAUGCUCCAUACAGCACGCUAAUCCAACCAGACCAGCCUCUUACAAACCUGGCAGAACAAUUUAAACAUCAACACCUUCUGCAUCACAAAGCAGCUGACCUGGCUGAGCUGGCUGAGCUGGCUACCAUGGAGCUACUGGAGGACAUCAGAGUAGCUGUAGGAGACAACAGCUUUCUACGAUUGAUGGGUGUCUCGCAGUCAUCUGCGCUGUGUUUCGUCAUUGACACCACAGGCAGUAUGCGCGACGAUAUCGCUGAAGCUAAGAGGGUUUCCUUUGCCAUCAUCGACAGCAAAAGGGGGACCCAACAGAAACCCUCUGCUUACAUAUUGGUGCCUUUCAAUGACCCAGAUUUUGGACCAGUGAUUACGACUACCAAUGCAAAGGUCUUUAAAGAUCAAAUCAACAAGUUGUCUGCAAAAGGGGGAGGAGACCUACCAGAGAUGUGUUUGUCUGGACUGCAGCUUGCUUUGACAGCAGCCCCACCCUCAUCUGAGAUUUUCGUCUUCACCGAUGCGCCAGCGAAAGAUGCCGACUUGAAAAACACCAUCACUGCUCUUAUUGAGAGCACCAAAUCUGUGGUUACUUUCAUGUUGACAGACGUCCUACCGAGUCGCCGGCGCCGCAGAAGCUCUCAAAGCGUGUUUCCACGUGUGAUCAGUCAAUCGGACGCCCAGCUGUAUCGUGACCUUGCUCAACUCUCUGGAGGACAAGCAAUUGAGGUCACUAAGUCAGACCUACCUCACGCCACAAGCAUUAUAGAGGACUCAUUAGCCGGUGCUGUGGUGACAGUUUGUCAGGAGAUCAGAGAUCCUGGAAGACCUGAUCAUUUUACUUUUGCCCUUGAUGGCUCAUUAACGAACGUAACUACCUACAUCACUGGAGCCUCAUCUCUCACCUUCACUCUGACGAGCUCCAAAGGUGUUUCUCAGAGUUCCACCCAGGCCAGUGGUCCUUUGGCGUCCCUCACGACAGUAGGAAACUUGUUUCGUUUAAGCCUCAACACAGACAAUAACACAGGAAUAUGGCAAAUCAGCGUUAACUCCAACAAUCCUUACUCUGUUAAGGUCAUAGGUCAGAGUUUAGUGAACUUCAUUCAUACUCUUGUGGAAGCACUUGAAGGAGGCCAUAAAGACCUUCGUCUAAAGGAGGGACGCCCUCUUUCAGGUGGUAAUUUCAGCCUCUUGAUCUGUGUGACAGAAAGUGAAACAGUUAAUAUCACCGAUGUCACUCUUCUAGACAGCUCGGGAUCAACAGAGGUCGAUGGAUCAUUGCAGUCCAACGGAGGCGAUCGUUACCUGUUUACAUUUAGUGGAGUCCCAGCAGGUGAUUUUGUACUUGUCCUGAAAGGAGAGACCAGCAACUCCCCAUCCAUGUCCACACCAAGCAGCUUCCAGAGGCAGGCCCCCACUCGGAUCAAGACCUCCAACAUCACUUUGACUGCAGAUGUCAAUACUACAGAUAUAGAGCCUGGUUCCACCAUCUCCAUCCCUUUCACGGUUGCAACAACCACCAACGGGGUUGGAAGGGCCUCUGCAGCUGGUCCUUUAACUGUUCGAGCACGAAACGACUGCGGAUAUAAUUCCACUUCCCCGAGCAGCAUCACCAUGGCAGCAGGCAGUGAGGGUAAAGCUAACGGCACAGUAACCUUAACAGUUCCAGCCAGCGCUGCACCAGGAACGGAUGUGACGCUUACCAUUGAAGUAGAAGAUGCAGCCUCCGAUGACAUCAACUUCGCUGUCUUCAGGUUUUCUGUUCCUGCCAAGGUUACAGAUACGAACCGCCCAAUGUGUCAGGAAGUCACAUCAGAUAUCUGUCCCUCCUCUUCGUCACUCCGUGCUUCCUCCCAGUGGGAGUUUGUUGCUAACCUCACUGAUGGCAUCAAUGGAACUGGCAUUGAAAGGGUCACCAUUCGUCAAGGUAAUGGUACGCUGAAUACAAGCACACAACUCGGACCUGGUGGCGAAAACAUCACAGUCGUCACCUACAGGGCUUCCUGCUUUUCACAGAAUGUGGAGCUGGCUGCUGUUGAUAGAGUAGGGAACGUGAGGAAAUGUGCAGGACAGGCCAGGCAGGCAGGGCCGUCCAGCACAGCGCAGCAGCCCACGCAGCAGCAGCCCGCGCAGCAGUCAGUUCCUGCCACUACAGCUGCAACAGUUUGCAGUAGGGGGCGCAAGUUGAGCUCAGAUCAUGCUGCUUUUAUCAGUGUCAUAGUUUCUGUCUUCAUGAGCUUAAUUAAAAUGUAAACCUGGAACUGUGGAGAAAUAAAAAAUUAAAAAGGAUUCCAAGAUAGAAAUGUUAUACUGCAUGUUUUUAUCUUUGGUUUUUUUUUCCCUCUAUAUUGAAUCCUGGUGUCUACAUUUGCAAAUAUACUGUAUAUAACUGGAGCUAAUGUUCAUGCACAAAUUUACUGGUGUCACUUUUACGAGCUCUUUCUUCUUACCAAAAGUAAUGUUUUUCUACAUUAAAUGUUCGUCUUGUUAAACGACCUCUGGGUGAAAAAUGAAGGAAAGAUCGCGGAAUAUAAAGGGUGUUCAAAUUAAAGGGAUGUUUUUUGA